AUGACACAAAAGUUCUCGAAAUUUGUCAUUGAUGACGAAGCCAGUAGUUCUGACGAAGAUGGUGGUGAACACAUUACAAUAAAUUUAAAUGAAAAUGCUUAG